UUCAAAAUUGUAAAGAUGACGAAGGAAAAAGAAAAUCCAGAUCACGACCCAUACAUUGCAGCUUUGCUGGCAGUGACCUUAGUCGGUCAGGUUUUAGACGAGGCCUCUGUUAUUGCCAAUGCUGCUAAAGAUUCAGGUCAGGACAUGAGUCAACCCUGGCAUUACGUCUCGAGCUUAAAAAAGCUGCAUAGUUCUCGUUUAAACGAGCUUUAUGACGACGACAUGACCUUUAUGUCAGUAUCAAAUGGCGACAGUCAAUAUCUGAACGAUAAUAUCGGAAAUCUAUCAGUCGCUGUUGUCACAUCUACACCGCAAAAAGCACCAGUUCACGCCAUCAAAUCUAGGAACGAGUCUGUUAUUAUAGGUCAAGGCGAUGAAGAAUUUGAAGAGUCAAACACGGAGCUACGGAAAUCUACGUCGAUGAUUAUAAAUCAUCUUUUUGACAUGAGUAAUGUAAUUGAACACGUGCAUAUUUGCAAUCAAACCGAAGUUGUUCCUAUUAAUAGAGGCUCUGAUCGCAAUGAAUUCCUUAUCAAUGAUAUGACGAAGAUUAUGGAUUCUUACGUUGACAAUGCACUUAACAUUGUUUUUGGACAAGAGAGCCAAGAAGAUAACUCGCAGGAAAUCUACUAUGAAACUUCCGUUUCUGACAAAUCGAGCUACUCUUUUCUAAGCGACUAUCCUGAUAUACCAAAAGACGUAUUUUUUAACGUCACCGAUGAGGUUGUUGGUGAGGAAACCGGCAAUGAAGAGUUAGCCGAGAUCGAAAAUAAAAAGAAAAAAAUUAACACUGAAGUCGCUUUCUAUGAAAACGCUUAUUUGACAUUGAAUCGUGACUAUGAACAAUAUUCGGAAGACGAUGAGCCUGUAUUGCAGGACCCGAAGGCAAUACCAUUGCAAGAGGUGGAACUCUUAACCGCUAAUACAUCUUCUGAAGAUAUAGAACCAUCUCAAGUAAAAAAAGAGUUAGCGUCCUCUGGAAUGCCGACGUCAGAGGCAGGUUCUCGGAAGAGUAGCCUUGUACGCCGAUGUCGUAUCCAAGGAGCUAGGAUGUUGUCGUGCCUCAGACGGUGGUGGUGGCGACGCAAGUUGCCGGGUAGACGAAAGGUUCCGUGUGCACCUGGCUCGCUCCGCGGUCUAUGCCCUCUAUCGCCAGACGCGCGGCGUAGAGCUGCUAGUCUCUUGGACCAGCGACAUUUACGAACACCUUCUCCUUCCACAUCCAUGGUUUGGAAGUUUAACACGGUCAAUGAGGCCCUUACGAGAGCGCCACCCGAGUCAGUUAAAACAGUCCAGCGAAAAGUGCUCAAGCCCCACUUCUUGUCUGAACGUCUGCCAGUGAAGACCGGGAGGGAACCACCUAACACCACACAAAAUGGGGCAUCCUUUGCUUUCUCCAUCUACGACUUCGAUGGCAGUGGCAAGGUCGACGCCUUCAACCUGGGCGACAUCCUGAGGGCACUCAACUCAAACCCCACACUGGCUACCAUUGAAAAGCUUGGAGGCACCAAGAAGAAGGGCGAGAAAAAGCUAUCGCUUGAAGAGUUCCUUCCCAUCUACAGCCAAUGCAAGAAAGACAAAGACCAAGGUGGCUAUGAAGACUUCUUGGAAUGUUUGAAGCUGUACGAUAAGGCCGAGAACGGACUUAUGCUCGGAGCUGAACUUACACACACACUUCUUGCGUUAGGCGAGAAACUCGAUGACAAAGAAGUAGAAGAAAUAGUAAAGGACUGCAUGGACCCUGAAGAUGAAGACGGCAUGAUCCCUUAUGCAUCUUUCCUCAAAAAAAUGGUUGCGGGUUGGCAGGGCCCUCAGAAAGUGGCAGCUGCGGCGCCGGCGGCGGAAGCAGCGCCCGCGGAGGGCUAAACUCCUCCGCCGUGUGCCCGCGGCCGUCGCGCCAGCCUCCGCCUUGAGUAUCCACCGUAGACUACAUCUUGCGGCAUACCCCCGUGCAUAACAUCUUACGGAACACCCUCGUACAUAACAUCUUACGGAACACCCUUUUUUAUACGAAACAUCAAUUAUAUACAUUUUGUACAAUAUGUUUAUGACUUUAAUAAUAAAGUAAGAUUAAAGAAAGCACUGUGAAUACACGU